UAUAUUUAUAAGACUUGUGUAUUUUAUCAAUAAAAUUUUAUUAAAACCGAUGGGACUCAAUGUUCCUGUUUCCCGAAAAAUAAUAAAAAUUUUCUCUAACAGUCUGCCACACUCUCCCCAUUCAUUCCGUGACCCGACAAAAUGGUACACUGUUAGAAAUGCGACAUAAAGGUACUUGAAAGUCCAAAAAUCCUAUAAAAAAUUUUUUUAAUUUAGCGAGUUUCAACUUUGCUUUUCCAAACUUUUCAACUUUUUUUGCCCUUAAAAAUCAAGAACCAAAAAUCACAAAUUAUAUUUUUUCCUUUUCAGUUACCUACUUUAUUUUCAAUGAAAAAUACUUCAAUUAUUUUUCCCAAUUUGUUUACUUUAAAAAGAACACUUUAUUAUUGCCACAAUAAGUAUUAUCGACCGACAACAAAUUCCCCGUUGUUUCAAGGACAGAAGCCGCCCCUUAUAAACUCAAAACUUAUUGACACAACAACAAAAACAUCAAAACAUUUUCUAUCUUUCACUGUUCAACAAAACAACAACACAAAAACAACAAAAAACAUGAGUUGCGGCUCUCCACUUUUAACACCAGAACAACGUUCAAACUUGCUACAACCUUUAAUUAAAGAAAAGGGUUGGAAAAUAACACCUGGCAGAGACGCUAUACAAAAAGAAUUUAAAUUUGAGGAUUUUAAUGAAGCUUUUGGUUUUAUGACUCGUAUAGCUUUAAAAGCUGAUAAGAUGAAUCAUCAUCCAGAAUGGUUUAAUGUUUAUAAUAAGGUGUUGUUUUGUUGUUGUUUUUAG